CCAGAGAAUGAUGAAAUCAGGGAGUCGUCAAAUACCAUUCCCUGGAUGAAAUCAAUCAAAAAGUAAUUAGUUCACCCACCUGCCAGUACGAGAAAAGUAAGUGUUAGUUGUAAUAAUAGACAGGUCGACAGCUGAUAUGGUGCAGACAGGUAAUGGAACUAAUAACUAAUGUUACUUGAUGAGGCCACCUGAGCACCUCGAAUACCACUGGGAGCGAAACUUGUCGUGGUGGAGGACCAAGAUUUUCAGCUAGGUUCCACUGUUCGGAGCAGACUUUAAUAAUCUUCACUGAAUUGAAUAGUACAAGAAGGUAGAAUAUUUUGAUAAAAUGGAUGACAUGUUAUCUGAAGAUCGCCAGAGCCAGGAAGAAGAGCUACUGGCCCUGGAAUCAAUAAUGGAGGAGAGUUUCAGUUAUAAUAAGCCAGCUGCAGGAAGAAUAAGUUGCGAGGUCCGUGUUCCCGUAGACUGUCCAGAGGACGGUGUGGAGAUUGAAGCGUGGGUACCCAUUGAGGUCCCCAGCGAGGAAAGUGCACCUACUCAGGAAGAUGCCUCAACGCCAACGUCGCCACAGUCAGCCUUGUUCCAACGUUCCGACUCUGGUCAUCGCAACCUAGCCUGCUUUCCACUCAAGCACCUUCUGCCGCUUCGUCUGCAGGCGUCCUUUCCUGACAACUACCCGUCCGAGUCCGCACCAGAGUUCAACCUGCACUGCCUGUGGCUGACCAAAGUGCAGCUUGGAGCACUGUCCAAGCAGCUCAGAACCCUCUGGGAAGAAUGUGUUGGCUUGCCAAUCCUAUUCUCCUGGAGUGACUGGCUCCAGAACAACACACUCCGAUUCCUCGGCCUGGACACUCGUCUUGUGCUCGCGCCUCCGCAACUCCACACGAUGCCUGCUCUCGGGGAAGAAGAGGAAACAGAUGGCAGUGAUGGUGGUGCUGCUACUGCUGCUGCUGCUACUCCUGCUGAUGCUGGUGCGUAUUCCACCAUGGCGUCCAUCGAGGAGACUGUCGACUGCCUUGUGAUGCAUAACCAUGAGAGGUGUGCGGAGGAGUUUGCGCAGGGCAUGCAAACCUGCCAGAUUUGCUACGACGAGCAGCCCGGACGCGACUUUGCCCGCGUGCCGGGAUGCUGGCAUCAUUUCUGCCGAGCCUGCGCUAAUGAGUAUUGUCGGCAGCACGUCCGCGAAGGCACUGUACAGCAGCUUCGAUGUCCGGAGACGGAAUGCGAUAGCUGUUUACCGCUGGAGCUGAUGCGCACUGUGCUCAACGACGAGGAGUUUGAGCGCUGGGAGCGGCUCACGCUACAGCGCACUCUGGACACCAUGGCAGAUGUGGAGUACUGCCCGCGCUGCCAGGCGCCGGUGGUGUGCGAUGGCAGCGGCGACCAUGGACAGUGCGCUCACUGCUACUACAACUUCUGUCGCGAGUGCGGUGAAGCCUGGCACCAGGGCGAAUGUUUUAAUGACUUUCAUGAUUCCCAAGACAGAAACAAGAAGAAGAAGAAACGUAAAAAGAAUGGUCCUCGUGAUGGCAAGUCUGACUCCUCGUCCGAAGAGGACAUCUCCGGUGUGAGUAAGGAUAUGCGCCGCGAGAUGAUGCGUCGCAAGCGGGCAGAGCGAGAGAGCAAGCAGUACAUGAAGACGGCGAGGAGAUGCCCUGGCUGCCGGGUGCCCGUGGAGAAGUCCUCGGGCUGUAACAAGAUGACGUGCUGCCAAUGCCGUGCCACUUUCUGCUAUAUUUGCGGGAAGCGUGGCGACUACUCUCAUUUCACCAGUGGCUACUGCCAGCUCUUCACUAUCAACAACGCUCCACAGAUGAUGGCACGUCCCAAACAACCAGUACACGAGGGCUUACGUCAGUUCCAGGAGGAUGCCGGAAAUGACCCGAACGCCAAGCAGAACAUAAUACGUUGUCCAAGGUGCCGGCGUGACAACUUGAAGCGCGAGAACAACAACCACAUCUGCUGCUGGGCAUGCCAGCAGCACUUCUGCUACAUGUGCAAGAAACCCAUUGUUGGCCGCAUCAUGGCACACUUUACUGUUGGUGCUUGUCCACAGCACUCAAAAUAAACACCCGCCAGUGCCAUUCCGCCUCCUUUCUCCCACUCGCAAGCACCAUUUCCCUCUCGCCCUCAAAAUCAGCACCCACCAGCUGAGCACCAUCCCUCCCCUCUCCACACAGGUCCUGUAUCCUUCUCCCCUACAGAAAAUGUUCAGGCAUUUUAUUUUCUGCUGAAACCCAGCUUGAUGGGAUUGCUGAGUCUACCCUGAGCAGGCUGGUUAACCCCUCACACCCCACCCCUAAUUGUAUCCACCAGCAGGCUGGUUAACCUCACCACACCUAGUUGUCUCCACCGUGCAGUCAUGUCAAUGAGAGUAUCUGUGAAUAUCUUGAUGCACAUAGGUAAUUUGCAAUGUGAUUUUAGUUAAAAAAUGAAUCGAAAAUUACAUAUGGUAACUUUCUUACUUCGAAGUAGAUGUUUUAUCUUAAAAAAUAGUUAGUAGUACCAUGGCUUUAUGAUAAUAUUGUGGUGGACGACAGACACAAUAUGUGGAGUCUUUUUUCAAUGUGCCCACUGAGUCCCAAGAUAUUUCAAGGUCAUGCAAACAAUGCGCAUGCAAAUAAUGCACUAUAUGAGCUGUGUCAAGUGAUCCGGGAUCUUGUUCAAUGAUUAUAAUGGCUGGAUGAUUAUAAAGGUACACAUUCGUGGGUCGUUAUUUCUGAAUGCCGCUAUUUUUAUCCUCCACUGUCAAGACCAGGAUGGUGCAAAUUAACACUUAAGAAGAUCAGUUAUCAAUUUUGAACAUUA